AUGUCAUUCGCUGUCAUUCCUACACUACCCUUAAGCACGGGUCUAUCACCGGGAUACAAGCACUACACACCGCAAUAUAAUCUCGAAGAUCUAGUCCAAGACAUCAAAUCCCACCUCGGAGAGAGUGGUGGUAUUUCUUCCACAGACGUGGACAACGAAUACCUCAUCUCCCUAGCAAAGAAGUACAUCUCAGACCCGAACGACUGGGCUCGAUACUUUUACAACGACCCUAGCAAAGCAUACACCCGCAAUGCAAUCGAGAACAUCAACCACAAGGCGAACAUCCUCCUUCUCGUCUGGAACCCUGGGAAAGGCUCUCCCAUCCACGAUCAUGCCAAUGCCCAUUGUAUUAUGAAGGUCCUGGCGGGUACAUUACAAGAGACCGUCUAUGACAUUCCUGAUCAGGGGUCCGACUGCCCAGGACCGUUGGAAAUCAAGUCAGAUUCGAGACAUGUGAUGAACGACGUCGCCUAUAUCUCUGAUGACAUCGGCUUGCAUCGCGUUUAUAACCCGAGCAGUGAUCAAGUCGCUGUUUCUCUUCAUCUGUAUACUCCUCCCAAUGCUGCCGACUAUGGAUAUAACAUCUACAACGAGAAGACUGGCAAAGCGAGUUUCGUGCCGCAGGCUCAUUCUAUCCCGCAGAAAGAAUGA